AGGCAAAAAAUAUCUUUACAUUAGUGUCCGAGUGGCGAGUGCUCUAGAUGAAGCGAUUCCAAAACCAGCGAUGAAAACUCAAUAAAAUCAAAUUUAAGUAAAGAGCAAAACAUGUCAGUAUUUCGGAAUCAAUGGCUAUGUUUUCCUCUCACUCAAGCUCUUUUCUCCAGGUUGCUUCCCAGAACCUAUGCAUCAGUGUUAUCCACAACAAGACUAUGCCCUGUUUGGUGUCAUUCAGUACCUCGUUCCACCUGUUCUCCAGGCUGCCAUUUCCUCGCGCAAUGCGCGCAAGUCACCGUGGAGGUCGGGUUGGGCUCCGUCGGCGUUCGGCCGGACCUCUUGUAUCACAGGCUCCGGCUGCCAAUUUUCAUAACCUGUCCCAUGUUAAUUAACAUCUCAAUAGUGAAGGUUGUUGCUUACUUUAGAGAGAGACUGAUAUCAGAGAAAACCCUGAGCAGAAAUGCUGUAAGACAAUUGUGUGACAAUAAGACCGUCAUUGCUUUUACUUAUAAACAAAAUGGGCUGCUUGUUGGUUGCAAGUACAGAACAAUGGAGAAAAGAUUUUGGCAGGGAAAAGGCACCGACAAGAUACUAUAUGGAAUUGAUGACAUUAGUCAUGCAUCUGAAAUCAUCAUUGUUGAAGGGGAAAUUGACAAGCUUUCACUCGAGGAGGCUGGCUUUCAGAAUUGUGUUAGUGUUCCAGUGGGUGCACCAAGAAAGGUUUCUUCAAAAGAUUUGCCACCAAUAGAAAAGGACACUGCAUAUCAAUACCUAUGGAACUGCAAAGAGUACUUGGAUAAGGCAGUUCGCAUUAUACUGGCAACUGAUAAUGAUCCACCAGGUCAAGCUUUAGCUGAAGAACUGGCACGACGCCUUGGUCGAGAAAGGUGUUGGCGUGUACUCUGGCCAAAGAAAGAUGAAUUCAGCUUUUUCAAAGAUGCAAAUGAGGUUCUCAAACACAUGGGAGCAGAUGCUUUGAAGAAAAUAGUUGAAAAUGCAGAGCCAUACACAAAUGAUAAUUAGGUAAUGUCCAAUAGGACUAUGGUGAUGAUGGUUCAAAAGAGAAGGCUUAUGCUUUAAUGUCUAUUAAUGGAUUUUUUUAGGGGGAAGAGGUGGGAGUUUAAAUGCUCAUAAUAGGUUUUGACAUCAAAGUUUAAAUACUUAGUUAUUUUUAUGGGUAGACUCGUGUAAUAUUGAGGGUGUGGAAAUCAACUCCCUCAUUUUGAGAAAAAUCAUAAAUAUGUAUGUAGAGUUUUUGUUU